CCGUGCAUUACACAGUGCCCUCGGCGGUCCUGGGAUCUGUCUCUUGCUUCAACAGGGUUUGGACGGAACAGACCUAGGGACGCCCUUUCUUUCCAACUACCUUCCAUCCUCUUUUCUAUUCACCACCUUCGAAACCAUCUCAGCCAUCCUCAGCCUCUGAGACCAACCGACGCCGUUUUCUUGACUUUAAUUCUUCACUGCCGAGCAACCAUGAGCUCCCAGAUUCGUCAGAAUUAUUCCUCUGAGGUGGAAGCCGCCGUCAACCGCCUGGCCAACUUGCAUCUGGGGGCCUCCUACACCUACCUCUCUCUGGGCUUCUAUUUCGACCGUGACGAUGUGGCUCUGCACGGCGUGGGCCACUUCUUCCGAGAGUUGGCCGAGGAGAAGCGUGAGGGCUCUGAGCGUCUCUUAAAGCUGCAAAACCAGCGCGGUGGCCGCAUUCUUCUCCAGGACGUGGCGAAGCCUUCCAAAGAUGACUGGGGUAAAACCCAGGACGCCAUGGAAGCAGCCUUGGCCUUGGAGAAGAGUCUGAAUCAGGCCCUUCUGGAUCUGCAUGCCCUGGGUUCUGCCCGCACAGAUCCUCAUCUCUGUGACUUCCUGGAGAAUCACUUCCUGGAUGAGGAGGUGAAACUCAUCAAGAAGAUGGGCGACCACCUGACUAACAUCCGCAGGCUGGGCCCCCAGGCUGGGAUGGGCGAGUAUCUCUUCGAACGGCUCACCCUCAAGCACGACUAGGCAGCCUUUGGAGCCCAGAGGCCUUUGAGGGGCCCCUCUGCAUUUCCCUGGCCUCUGGCUUUUGCCUGAGCCUCCCCCUGCAAUCCCACCCUGGAACCCUGUCCCAUGCAUCGGACCAAAUGGAAACAAUAAAGCCUUUUGCAGCA